AACUUUGUUUUAAAGAAAGAGUCUAUGACAUGUUUAUGCCUCUACGCUAAGUGGAAAAGCGAGUCUUCAAUGCAGUCAUCCUCAUUGUAUUAUUCUCAUGGUCGCUGUUGGUAUCAAGAUUACAUAUGCUGCUUGGCCAAGAGAAGAGAAAUUUGAUACUAAAAUUGUUCAAGAUGACAGUGCUCUUAUCUUUACUAAAAUGUUGGGAAAAAUACCAGAUGUUAUUUUCUACAGCAGUUGUGGAGAAAUUGUUUACAAUCCCGUCUGUUUCUGUAUAAUUCUAUCAAUGCAUAGAAGAACCUCAUAGUAACUGGGUCCCUGCCAUUGUGAAAAUUCCCCCAAGAUUUGUGGUUUAUUAAAGUUUACAAAAUAUAUAUAUUUUCUUUUAGAAUAAUUUACAGACAAGGUAUUUUGACUGCUUGACGUUCUACAGCUGACCUCAAAAGUAGCAAAUAUGUCCUGUAUUGAAAAAAUGUGACUGACUUUGGUUUUAAUUAGUUCAGUUGCAACAACAUUUUUUUGCAUAGAAACAUAGAAGAUUACUGUUCUCUGGAUUUCUUCUUUGUAAGCCAAACUUAGUGUCAGAAGUGUACUAUCACAAUAGACAAUAAACAGUCUUAUUUAUUUAAGUGAAAAUGGAUACAAAUCAUGUUGUAUUUUAAUAGGGUUCACACUACUUUUGAAUUCCUGAAAACUAGAAUUUUGAUGUUUUCUUCAGGGCCCUGGUACACUCUUCGAAAAUUUUCUCCUUCCACGUGUUCUUGAAAUACUACUGGAAUUCUACCAUCUCUAAGAAGUAUGAACCUUGUUUUAACUACUACAACAACUCUUUCUGUGACAGGAUUUUUAUAAAAAAGUUAACUAUGUAUAUAUAUAUGUGUGUGUGUGUAGUGUGUCCUGGAUUAAUCAUGACUUGUACAAUCCCCCACAAAUGUUUGUUUUAUAUAUAUUUAUCACACAGUAUAAAGAUGCAGAAUUGCUACCUUUUGUGUGAUCACUGUUAUCAGAUAAUUUUCAAGUAAAAAUGUUUGUGCUUUAAUUCAAGUCAAGAAGUAACAUAGGCACUUGUCUUUGCCCUGCUUUUAUACAGAUCCUUUUGGUUAAUGUAACAUAAUAACACUCUCCAUCUACCCAAGCCAGAAAAUAUGUAGAGUGGACUGCUGUAUUGAUUCUGUUUAGGUUUUGUAAUUGAAAAAAGAAAUUAAUGUGAUCUGAUAAAUGUCAUUAAAAUUACCUUCGGCUGCUAAUUUGAUGAAUUCAGUGCAGUGGUUUAAUUUGUAUCCUGCGUUGUAAAAGUCUCCUUUCUAUCCAACCUUCCCAAAAUUGUUAGAAACACAGUGAACCCCACUUUUUUAAUUCAUAUUGCAUUGUACAAUAUAUGGCAAUUUGAAGAAAAUUUUUAAGUAUGUCUGCUUUAAGAUAAUUUCAUUUGAAUGCUCUGAUGAAGAUGCUUUUGGGAAAUGAUUUAUGUCCAUAAGCAGUUAAUCUUUCAAUUUGUUCAUGAUCUUAGUCCUUCUCAAUUGUUAAAAACAAUUCUCAUUUUAUUGAACUGCUGUAACAUUUUGAUGUGCAAAUCUUCUGACUUUCUGACUCUAAAGUUCCUAAUAAAAACAUUGUUGGAGAUCCUACUUUGUACGCUGUGCGGGCCUACUAUUGCCAAGCUUUUCUGCUCGAGGGAUGGGAGAGCUGUGUACAGUAGCAUGUCGAUCACGUGCUUCUUGACCGCACACCUUUGUUGUGCUAAUGUGAUUGAAACUUCAGAGUGAUUCUUUAAUGUUGGAAUUUGAACGGAAAUAUAAACAUGCAGGGAAACAAAAACUGACACAAACAAUGACUUUAAGUGAUUCGCCGGUAUAGUUGACGUGCUCGCUUUAAAAAUCUUGUUCUGGUAGUUCAUGACAAACUCUAGUUGAAACGAGACAUGACCGCCAUGUUCCCCGUGGCGAACGGACUUCAAAUGUCAGAGAACGGUGAGGCGAGAAAUGAUCGUGGGAGCUCGCUUGAAGUGGAUGACAGUGAACUAGGCUCUCGCAAGACAUCUGCCAGAUGGAAGUUACAACAUAAAAGACAAGUUUUAAAUCAGAAAAUAUUCAAGCAGACGAAGUUGCGAGACGGAGCAGAGAAUUUGAUGAAAGCCCUCAGGAUAACAAAUGACCGGAAAACAAAGCUUGCUGCUAAGACAGAGUUGAGUUUUGCCAACUCUCAGCUGGAUAUGCUGAAGGAGGAGCUAGAAGGAAUCAACAGCACCUGGGAUAUUUAUCAGUUUGACAGGAGUGUUGAGCAUCAGAUUCCUUUGAUUGCUGUGGGUCUCAGAGAAACAAAAGAGCUUGCUUUCAAGCCUCAGUUUAAGGACUUUAUUUUAGAACAUUACAGUGAAACUCCAGAAAAUUAUGGAAAAGAACUUGAGCUAUUUGAAAAUCUCAGAAAGGAGGCCGUGUGUAAGGCCAGCAGAGAUGAAGCAGGUAUUCAUGCUUUGUACAUGUACUACAAUCAACUGUACUUUGUGGAGAGGAAAUUCUUUCCCAAAAGAAAGGGAUGCAUCAUGCCAGUUUACUUCCAUUGGUUUGACACCACAACGGGAUUGCCAAAAAUACAGAGAUCUGUUGCAUUUGAAAAGGCUAGCAUUCUCUUCAACAUUGGUUCUAUCUGGAGUCAAAUUGGUGCAAAACAAGACAGAAGAACACAAUCUGGGUUAAGUGUGGCCAUUGAUGCUUUUAACAAAGCCGCAGGUGUAUUCAAGUUUAUAAAAGACAAUUUUGUCAACUCUCCAAGUGCAGACUUGACACCAGAGGUAAUGGACAUGCUGAUGGCAGUCAUGUUGGCCCAGGCACAGGUGUGUAUGUGGGAAGAGGGAAGUCUUGAAGGAAUACAAGAUGCAUUGUCACACAAGAUAAGUGCAGCACAGGAGUGUGUUGAGGUUAGUCAAAGGUACAAAAAGGCCCAGAUGACAAUGAAUGCUGGAAUCUGCUUGAGUUGUGUUCCAUUGUCUUGGAAGAACAUGAUGUCUAUAAUGAGUCUUCAUUACAAAGCCUUGUCACAUUACUUUGUUGCUGAAGGACUUCUUAAAAGUGUUGAGAGUUCCAGCAAUGAUAAAGAAGAAGAAGCAGUGAUCUCUUCAUUAAACGUGUCUCAGUGGGACGAUAAAUCAAUCAGAAAAAAGCAAGCCAAAGCACACCUCCAUUCUGCACUUAAAUCACAUGAAGAAGCCAUGAAAGCAAGACAAAUUUGUCGGCACUGUAGGAAAAUAGUAGGAUUACAAAAGGUCAAACAUAAUUGUUCAAAAAAUACAACUUCUUGAAUUUAUUGUGAUUAUUUGUGUUGCCUUUCAGCUUUACCAAGACUAAAAGCAGAUUGUGUUCCACCUAAUUUUAGUCAAGCUUCAGUAGAAGACUUGUUUCAUAGACUGGGUCCUGUACAUGUGUUCAAUGCAAACUUAGAAUGGAGUGUCCCAAGGAGUAUCACAUUAAAGAAAAGUAACAAAGGCUAUGGCUUCAGUGUUAUUGGCUCUGCUCCGGUUAUUAUACAGAGUGUGGAAGAACAAGGACCUGCUAAGGAUGCUGGAAUUCAUGUAGGAGAUAUAAUCACUUCUGUGGAUGAGAUAGACUGCAAAUGGGGUGAUCAUCCUUUUGUUGUGUCAUUAAUUCGCAAUACUGACUCUUCUGUGACUCUUGGUAUUGUUACACCAGGCUCUCUCAAAGCCAUUACCGAGUUAUACAAUGUUAAACUGGCUAGGGAAGAUCAAGUUGUAACCAGUGACUACAGUGACUCUAAUGGAAGUCAGAGCUCAGGCUCAUCUAGAAACAGUACUCUUAAUGGAGUAUACUCCCAAACAAGCAGCAGCUCAUCUGGUUCAACAAGGUCUGGGGCUCCCGCUCGACGCAGUUCUGUGCUGGAAAUGGGUAAUGAGUCGAUUCUGUGGUAGCAUCAACUGAAAUAGAUUAGCUACCUGAGUCCUGUUUUGUCAUAGUUGUGGCGAUGAUCAAUCCAACGUCUGAGCUAAUCGCCUUUCAUCCUGCGUUACAGCGAAAACUAUUCAUCCAUUCUUGCAAGAACGAAGAAACAGAUUCUAUAAAGGACCUCUAAUUUCAUUCUUCAGUAUUCCAUUCUUGAAAUGAAUAGUUUAAUAUUCAAAUCAUAAUUUGAUUCAAAAAUUGUGAAAUGUAAAGUAGUUUAAGGUUUGGUAUAUUCACACAAGCAUGUCGCAAUUCAUCCCAAAUCAAAUUCAGAUAUUAAUUGCCAAAUGUCCCAUGCACUCAUGCAGUGUUGUUACACUGUAUUAGUAAAUAACUCUUGCAUUAUAGAGACUGCUAACAUAAUCUUAGGUAAUUCCAUUUAUAUAUUCAUAUAAAAUGCUAUCACAUCACUUAGUCAUUGCUACAUUUUCAGCACUGAGAAACUUAAACUGACCUAAUGUAUUGGUCUCUACACAAUAACGAAUUGCAAAAAAAUUGUAUUCACAAUAACUAAAUAUGGAAGAAGAAUUCUUGGGUUUUUACCAUAACCCAU